UUGUGUACACAAACAAUCACAACGUGUCGUGUCUUGGUUGCGAAGUUUAUAAACUAUGUUAAUUGAAUUAUUUAAACGUAGUAAAACAUGCAGACAUCACCACGAAGACGAAUAGGUCAUGAAAGCCAUCCUGAAUGUGCUGGUAGCCGCAUUUGUAUACGAGAGGUUGAUUUACUGUGUCCAGAAGCUGUAGAAUCCCAGAAGACAUUUAUUGACGAAAGGGAGGCGAUACAUAAGAAGGCGUUUAGAAAAUGGUUGAAUGCGAAGCUACAAAAGGCGACUCCUCCCAUCGAAGUAAAGGACCUCAUAGAAGACUUACGAGAUGGUCACGUGCUGUUAACCUUAAUGGAGACACUGUUCUCUACACAACUGCCACGUGAAAAAGGCAAGAUGAGGUUUCAUAAACUAACAAACCUGUCGACAGCACUAAAAUUUCUUGAGCAAAAUGGGGUGAAGAUAGUGGGCAUCAGUAACUACGACAUUGCAGAUGGUAUAUCCAGAGCAAUACUUGGUCUUGUAUGGAGCAUCAUCCUAAGAUUCCAGGUACAAGGGCCAUUUCAAGAAACAAAAUCUGAUGUCAAAGUGAAAGACUUUCAUGUGGAGAAGGAGCUGUUAGGCUGGUGUCAAGAUGUUUUGGAUGGGUAA